ACAAAUCAACGUGCCUCAAGCAACUUAACCUGAACAUUUGUUUGCAACACUGGUCAGAAGACUAGUAGUGCAAAGUCCAACAAAUUGCAGGACAGUAUAAACAUGUAGCUAACAGGCGCAUAAUUAGCCGAUAUAGCAAGGAUGACUUUUCGAAUAGCAUAGGUUUUUGUUUUUCAGUAGCGCAAACCUGUUCGUAUGGCGUAUUCAUCUCAUUGCCUUCACUGUUCGUUUAUUUAAAUCGCUAUUUAUCAGGAUUAUCCCAAAACAGUUUUGAUUCUGUCCGGUAGUAACAAAUCGAGAUGGACUACUUGUUACAGGUGAAAAUAGGUGCCCUCGUGGGUUUGUUGCUCCUGACGCUAUUUUUCGGAUUUAUUCCUGCUCGGAUGAAGUGGUUCAGAGAAACCAGUGGGACAGAAACCCAUCGUGUGGUCCUGAGUUUCAUCAGCUGUUUUGCCGGAGGUGUCUUCCUGGCUGCCUGUCUAUUGGACAUCAUCCCAGACUACCUGUCAGACAUCAAUGCUGAGCUGGCCGCACGGGGUGUGGACACCAGCUUCCCCCUCCCAGAGUUCAUCAUGGCUGCAGGCUUCUUCACUGUGCUCAUUGUGGAGAGGAUCGUUCUGAACUGCAGACAAGAUGCCAUGCAAGGGUCAGACCAGGAGGGAGCACCUCUGAUGCGGGCCAAAGGGCACAGCCAUGGGCAGGAGAAAGCCGUAUCCACCAACCUGGAGGGUAGUGCCCACCACGUCCACAUGGACCUCCAGGCCCACUCCUCCUUUCGCUCAUUCAUGCUCUUUUUCUCACUCUCCCUCCAUUCUGUGUUUGAGGGCCUGGCCAUCGGACUGCAGACCACAGACUCAAAGGUAUUAGAGAUCUGCAUUGCCAUUGUGGUCCACAAGAGCAUCAUCGUGUUCAGCCUAUCGGUGAAGCUGGUGCAAAGCGCAGUCCCGCCCAUGUGGGUUGCGGCCUACGUGGGCGUCUUCGCUAUGAUGUCUCCGCUGGGCAUCGCAGUGGGCAUCGGGGUUAUCGAGGCCCAGCUGGCGGCAGGCGUUCUGAUCCAGGCCAUCCUGGAGGGGCUGGCGGCCGGGACCUUUAUUUACAUCACCUUCAUGGAGAUCCUGCCUCACGAGCUGAACUCCCCGGAGAACCAGCUGCUCAAGGUGUUCUUCAUUCUGCUCGGCUUCAGCGUCAUGGCAGGCCUCACCUUCCUGGGUUGAGAGCAUGUCACCCACUGGGGCAACUGACCUAGCAGGAAUAUGGGUGUGGCUCAUAUGAUUCAUGGGACUUGAUGUUGUGUACUGAGGUCGCCAUGAGGGGAGGUGUCUCAGGGAGACGGCCAACAUAAAAAAAAAAUUGUCCUUUUUUUCUGCAGGGUGUGUGCAGGGGAGAUUACUGUAUUUGAGUCAUAGCUGUUCUUACUCAGUAUUUUUGUUUUUAAGGUUGUGAUACUCAUUGUUUUUUAUACUGCUUUUAGCAUAGAUUUUUAAUUUCACAGCCAAGGAUGGUAAGACAGUUUUUCAUUUAAGAACUUUUAAUGAUUUCAAAUAGAUGAUAUUUAGUUAGGUUCUACGUCUUAAUUUGAUUUGUUUUAGCACUGGGAAAAUAAGUACACGGUGGCAAUAUUGGUUGUUUUUAUUCUGUGGCAUACAUACCAGUGGUUCUUAUUAUAUUCUUUAACAAUCACUUAUCUUUUUCACAUAACUGAGGAUCACUGAAAAAAAGAGCUGUUCAAACGGACAUGAUUGCCUCGUCUCUUUAGCAAAUGACAGGUGUGGCAAGGAGUGGAAUGUUAGCUAAAAAGAUAGGUACCCAGACUAACAUCUCUUAAUAGUCAAAUGAAUCUGUCGAAUCUAUCUCAUUAUGUAUACAAGUUAAAAUGUCAAUUGCAUCAUGUUUGCACUAUUUGGAUGUGAGCACUUUUGUAGCCUCCACAGUUAAAUUGAAGUAAUUAAAUGUUUUAUCACUGUUGUGGAACAACUUGUUUUCACCUUGAACUAUACUAUGCCUUACAAAUGACUAAAGCUGUUUUUAUUGUCAAGAGGAUAGGUGCAAUGAAAUGUGUUUUACAGGGUCAGCCAUAGUAGUACGGUGCCCCUGGAGUAAAUUAGGAUUAAGUGCCUUGCUCAAGGGCACAUCGGCAGAUGUUUCACCUUGGUGGCUAAUAUGCAAAGACAAAACAUUAUGACCAACAUUUUACAGUAUUUCUUUUAAAGACGUUGCAUGGAACCUCACAAUAUUGUCUGUGAAAUCAACAGAUGUGUUAAAUGUACCUAUAGGAUAUCAAUGAUAAAUGUCUACAAUGUAUUAUUUUACAUGAGAUACUUGAGUGAUUGGUAGGGAGAGACACUUCUCCUUCAGUGUUAAAACACCAUCUUGGUAUGUGUCGUUUUUACCUCAUCACUUUUUGCGUGGAGGCUUCAUUCCUUUCGUAAUCGGCAUGAUGCAAUCGAGAGCGUGUCUUGUCAGUGCCACAUCACAAGUUUGAUAUAGGGCAAUAAUCCAAUCACUUUUUAGAGACCAUAAUAUUUUAAAGAGAGAUUAUGAAGUUAUUUUAGAGGUUAAGAAGUUCAACUAAAGCAUGUAUUUUCCUCACUCUGUUCCUCAUUGUGUUGUUAGUUUACAUAUCCCAGCCAUGACUCAUGUUUCUGUUGUGUUAACAAGGCUUCAAGUUUAUAACACUCACAAGUGACCCUCAGCUUCCUUUUACUCCUCCAAUCUCCUCUGACACUGUUACAGUAAAAUAAUGAUUAAACAAGUUGACUAGGA